GUGGUGGUGACAUUAAGACCAAGACGUUAUUAGUAGCUCUGAAGUGGCAGGUGAAGGAGUGUGUGGUGUAGUGCUGAGACAAGCGAACCUUCGUCUGGUGUUGUGUAGUGGCUUCCGGUGUACCUUGAGGACUAUGGCGUCGGGUUAUGGAGCAUGGACCAUUAUAGUGGUGCUGGUAGUAGCUUAUUUGGGCACUUUCCUUGUUGUCAGUGCUCAGCCAUGCCAUGAGGGAAGUAUGUCAAGCCAGUGCCAGUGUGAAAGCCACCAGCCUGGUACCCUGAAAGUCAUCUGUUCGUGUGACUCUGGCCAGCCUCUGACACUGUCUUUUAGUCUACCACCAACCGUCACACACAUCCACAUCCACAACUGCAACUCUACAGUCACUGUCACGUCUAAUGCCUUCGAGGGUCUGGACUCCUUAGAGGACAUCACCUUCCAGUCCAUCUCUCACCUUAAGCUGGAGUCAAGUAGCCUUCAUCUGAUCAUCUUCCACCAAAACAAUUUCUCGUUGACGUUCGAUUCUGUGUGGAGAUUGUCGCUGGCAGAGGAUGCCAUCCAACUGCAGGGUGAAGGUGGUCCCAACAUGAAGGAGAACAUAAUCAUCCGCAACUCAUUCAUCACAAACCUUCAACACAAUGCCAUUGUGGGCUCCCUUCACGAGCUACGCCUGGAGAAUGUGAUUCUGUCUCAAGCUCCAGCACCCAGAGCCAUAAACACUGGGCCUGAAGGUGCCUCAGUCUUCAUCAACUCCAUGGAUGCCUCCACCCACGGACUCAGUUCAGAAUGGCUCACAGGUAAAAUUUCUCACCUGAGUAUCAUCAACAGCAGCCUCACCCUCCUCCCAGGAGCCUUCACUGGUGUGAACAUGACGGGUGUGCCCACCUCCCGCUUCACGUUCCUCAACAACCAGCUCGGCUACCCCAAGUGGUUUCCUGGCAACACCACAUCAGUACCUUCACUUCCAACUAGAUCACUGGACCUGACAGUUCCCAGGCAGGGGCUUAUCAUCAAUGCCUCAAACAAUAAGAUGACCUGCAGCUGUGAAGAUACCGUUUGGCUCCGGGAGGAUCCUCAAACUGAUCUUAAACAUAUUAUCCAACAGUCUAUCAAGUGUCUGGAGGAUAAAGCAGGGUCUCCCGUGGCCCGGUGUAGCGCCGUGUCAAACACCGGCCUUGUCUCAGCUAUUGUUGUAAGCCUUACAUUAAGCUGUGUCACUCACUGGGUCCAACUGGCUCUCUCGUAACUCAUACACUAAAUGUUUACAAGAACUACUAAAAAAAAAAUACAGUAAAUAUGAAAGAUAUUUUCAAAUGAAUUACCAACCACUUUACAUACAGUAAGUCCGCCCUUAACGUCGUCCCGCUUAACGUUGUUUCGGUACUAUGUCGCUAAAGUUUAGAAACCAAAGAUUUGUUUAACGUUUCAGUGAUCCGAUACUACGUCGUUUUGCGUUGUCACAGACGAUAUUUUACGGUGCAUCACCCUCCCUUGGCUUGGCACAGUCUCAGGGACUCACCACCCUCCUCCUCUGCUCCCACCCUUCUCUUCUCCUCCCCUCCCGCCAUCCGCCUCCUCUGCUUCACUACCCACCUCACACUCGCUCUACCACCUCCGCCCAUCGGUGAGUACCAAUACAAGCCUAGUAUAGUUGUAUAUGUAUAACCCCGACGUUAAGCGAGGACUUCCCGUAUUAUUUCCAUAACCCAAUUCAUUUUAUUAUCCUAGUCUUGUCUCAUUCAAUUCCAUGAAAAGGAACUAAUUGCAACACCAAAUGUUUUUAUGAGAAGUGAAAGUUCAUCCUGUAACCAUGACAGCUAAUGGCAGCCAGUGAGGAUAGGUAUGAACCUUCGGUCCACCAGGCGGAGGCAGUGUACAGGACAGAAAAAACACAACAAUCAAAUUACAUCCAUUUAUUAAUUGGUCUAGUAAUACAUAAUUAUUAAUAUUUUGGUUGAGGCUUUUAGUUUAACAUAAAGUGGCAGUGUUUUAUACAAACUUAGUCACUAUUAGUAAGACCAAACAGUCCAUACAUAUGAAAUACGAAAUUAAAUUAGUGACACUGGCAAUCGGGUGAAACACAUAAAAAUAUACAAAAUGAUCUGUUAAAAGGCACUCACUAAGAACACUUUUAAGAAAAUCACAAAAGCAGAAGAGAUUCGUCUUGUAUUUUUACGCCGAGGAAAUGUGAGAACUUAAGCUGUGUAAGCCCUGGGCAACACAACACCCCGCUCGACAAACACCGGUGAUAAUACAGUUUUGGUCAGUCUAUUUAACAUAAGUUACUACGCAUUUACCGGUAAAUCUGAGUCAAUGGACUUCACUAACCUAGAAAGUUAAAGUUAUUAUUCUUAGCCCUUAAGUGGCGGCGAAGGACUAACCCCGUGUGCACAAACUUUAAGCACAGGGUAACAAGAAACUUCCACCAAUGAUAACCACCAUUUAAGGGUUAAGAGUCAGAGUGUGGACCAAUGGUUAACACCACCAAACACAGCAACACUAAGUCCUUAAUGCAGUGUCCUACAGUGGAAAGAAUUAAUUCAUUAAACAUUCUAAUAAGAUAAAAAAUAAUUACAAUGUUACAGGUGCAGAAAACAGUACCAUAUAAUUCCUGGUCAUUGUGACUUCUUUCAUUUAAUGCAUAUGUCUAGUGCUGAAAAUUCUGAUAGGAAUAUUUUUCUGAUAUACUUCAUGUGAAAGUUUAUACUGUACUGCCUUUUGAAGCUGAGAUGUCAUGAUGAUUCAGAAAAUAGGGUCAUUGUCGGUUAACCUAGUGAUAGAACUUGCACGUAACUACAGUACAUAAAAGCUAAUAAACACUUCAUUACAAAACAAAAGCAAAAAUACUGUACUUUUUAUGCUAAUUAUCCUACAAAAUUUACUCACCAAGUAUACUGCAGAAAUAAGCAAGCAUAAAUUUAUUUCUAGUUUUUCUCAACACAGAUGUCACCCAAUAUGUCACUCUCACUUUAAGAUGACAGCAAAUCAAUCUCAAACAAAUUACAAAUAUAUCAUCAAUCAAACAAAA